AUGAGGAAUUGCUUAUCCCACGCGAUCCGUAUUUUCAAAGUGGACUGCACAGAGUUCAAGGUCCAGCUGGCCUGUGCUAAUCUUAUCUCCAGAAUAGAUCUCCUAAUGAAACUCUUCAGUGGGAGAGAAAAUGUCAAGGAGACUCCCACGCUGUGGAAGUCAUCCUCCUGUCCUAUGAAGAAUGUAGCCAACCUGUCCACAGGAAGUCCAAGAAAACUGGGGAAACCUGAUCGUGCCGAGUCACGCUGCGCAUGCGUGCGUGACAACGUCUGUCCUCCCAGCUCGGCUCGCCGGCCUUCUGCACGUGGCGCGGUCGCCGAGGACGGAGAGCGUUGCUGGGGCUGGGGGCUGCGCCUGCAGGCAGGAGGACAACUGACACGGAUUCGGCGGGAUUCGGGAACCAGACCUCGAGAGGAGACGAGUCUUCAUAUUAAAGCGUGGUCACAACAACUUAAGGCCCCAGGAAGAAGGCUGGCAGUCAGAGUGGCCACUACAGUUCUCUGCAGCAGACCCUCUUCCCAGGCCAGACAGCUCAGCCUUUGCCAGAUUGCAAGCCAGGGAAUCCCAGAAUCUGGCUAUGGCAAAAGGCUGUUUGCUAUAUCAGUGAGUGCAGUGGUAACGAUUAUCAUUUCAGUCAUUUGCCUGUUUGAGAUCUGCUCUCAGCAUUCUGCAACUAAGGAUGGCACCCCUCAAGAAAAACGGACCUUUCUGGGCAGAAAGAAGAAAGGUGCAAAACGGGUAGUGGAUGAAGUCGGGGGAAAGAGCAUGGUGGACAAACAGUAUGAUGAAGAAUCCUUAGAUAACCCUCUUUGCUUCAUGGAUACUUUUCAUUUAGAGGAUGAAGUCGGGGGACAGACCAUGGACGAAGAGUAUACUAUAUCGAGCGGGGAAAGGUCUGCACCUCCACCUCUGUUUGCACCUCAGCCCACAUCUCUGUCUGUACCUCCAACCACGCCUAUGUACGUAUCUCUGUAUGUACCUACGUACGUAACUCCAUCCGCACCUACGUACGUAACUCCAUCCGCACCUACGUACGUAACUCCAUCCGAACGUCCCUAUCUACCGCCAUCCGAACGUUCAUAUCUACCGCCAUCCAUACAUCUGUCUCAAUCUCUGUCUGUACAUGGGGUAAGUAAAUGUCCAUCCAUGCCUAUGUACGUAACUCUGUAUAUACCUCCGGUAUUUCUGUAUAUACCUCCGGUAUCUCUGUAUCUCUCUCCAUCUGAACCUCCAUCCGCACCUACAUACGUAACUCCAUCCGAACGUCCCUAUCUACUGCCAUCCGAACGUCCCUAUCUACCGCCAUCCGAACGUGCAUAUCUACCGCCAUCCGAACGUCCAUAUCUACCGCCAUCCGUACAUCUGUCUCCAUCUCUGUCUGUACAUGGGUGUUGAUCUGCUGCAAGACUGUGAUCUUAAGAAGAAGUUCGGGUGCAGGAAGCAAAGGUGUAGGAAGCGCAACUGAAGAAGACUGACCUUUGUUAUUUUUUAAAUAUGGCUAUAUUUUCUGUAGAUCACUGUACUAUUGUUCUAUUGUUUACUAUUGUGUACUAUUCUACUAUUAUUCUGUUGUUGUUGUUAGUAUUAUUAUUACUAUUGUUGUUUUUAUUAUUAGAAUAUUAUUAAAUACAUCUGAAAGACA